GUUUAUCGGUAGAAGUGAUCAUCCCUUCCUCAUUUCCAUUGACAUGGCACGAUGCCUAUGAACAUAGUUUCUCUCUCUUUUGAUUUUUUGUCUUUUUUUUCUUUUCUACAACAUCAAAUUUCGUAUUAUCCACGAACAUCGAUUUGGUCUGUUGCUCGGCUUUAUUAUUUGUCUAUCUUAUCGUUGAAAACCAAACAUCAUCAUUUAUAGCUUCCUUAUCACGCUUUUUACUAUCAUUUUCAUCUUCUUCAUUGAACGUCACUUGUCAUAAUGCGUUCAAUGCUUUGCAAAGCUGCAUUGAUUGUGGCAGCCGGCCUUGCUACGGUUACUGCUAUUCCUGAUAUUGUUGUGAAGGGCUCGAAGUUCUUUGCUGGCGAUGAACAAUUUUAUAUUAAAGGUAUUCCUUCAUUCACUCUAUCACUAAUGACCUGGCUCUUCUCCUUGCUCGUACAUCUAUGCAGUGUUACAGGAUCCAAUUCAUCUCAAAAAUUCAAAUGAGCAAGAAGAUGGCCUAACAUCACUAUCAGGUUUUGCAUUCCAAGGCACUGGCAAUGAUCCUCUUGUAAAUAUAACUCAAUGCACAUUCGACAUGGGCCUCAUGAAAUUGUUCGGUACAAAUUCUGUCCGUGUCUACCAUGUUGAUCCGACAAAAGACCAUACCGCGUGUAUGACAAUUCUUGCGAAUGCUGGCAUCUAUCUUUGGGUCGAUCUCGACACAUUCGAUACAGCGCUCCAUUCCAUAGACCCAGCUUGGACACUUGAUCAAUUCCAAAAGUAUGCCAAGGUCAUGGAUGCAUUUCAAACUUUCCCAAACACUGCAGGUUUUUUCGUCGGCAACGAGGUUAUCAAUUCGAACAAUAAUUCUAACGCUGCUCCAUAUAUCAAAGCUGCUUCUGCCGAUAUGAGAGCCUACCGUGAUAAAAUGGGUUAUCGAAAGAUCCCAAUUGGUUACUCUGCCGCUGAUAUCGCUGAGCUACGACCACAGUUGCAAAAUUAUCUUGCUUGUGGUGAUACAAAAACUACCAUCGAGUUCUUUGGCCUUAAUUCUUAUGAAUGGUGUGGCAAUUCUACUUAUGAUAGUUCGGGUUAUCAUAACCUACAAAACUUGGCUGAGAAUUACACCAUUCCAAUCUUUUUUUCUGAGACUGGUUGUAUUGUCCCUAGACCAAGGUAAGCCCUAUCAACCAUUUCAUCUCAGAUCUCUUUUGGUGCAUUUUAAUGUUGCACUUGACCGGACAUUCAGAAUACCAAUUCUAACCGGACGCAGAACUUUCGGUGAUCAACUAGUCAUUUUCGGGCCUGAAAUGUCAGGAACUUGGUCUGGAGCGAUUAUUUAUGAGUGGGUCAACGAAGGAAACGACUAUGGAGUUGUCGAUUACAAGAACACUGAAUAUGGGGGACCUCCUAUUCCUAUGGAUCCUGAGUUUACCACUUUGAGAAACAUUUGGAAAUCGGCUACUCCAAAUGAAGUCAAAAAGUCAGAUUACAAUCCCAACAAGCCAACACUAGCUUGCCCGCCGAGUGUGGAAGGAGCAUGGAAAGUCAAUGGUGAUGAACCUCUUCCCACGUUGGGAGCUGCAACUUUGAACAGCAUUGUAAGGAUGAAAAAACGUCAGGCUUCUAUGCAUGCGGUUCCUCCUUCACAUGUCUAUUGGAGUGGUAAGAAUGGUCCGAAAAAACCAAAUUCUGGUAGUUCGAGGAUUGAAGUUGGAGUGCAAAGUGUUGUUUUAGGAUUAUUUAUGAUGGCGGUUGUUACUUUCUUUUCUAUGUGAAUAUAAAUUAGGGUGUCUCUAAUCAUAGAUGGAUGAAUGGAAUAGAUGAUGCAGCUCAUGAUUAGACGUGAUGUUGCGUCAAUUAUGCUAGAGAUUCAUAGUUAGAAUUGGGUUAACUAUGGUUACAAAAAGAAAGUACUUUUAGAAGUGUCGUUAGGGAAUCUGGUUAUGAUUAGAAAA